AUGCUGACACCCACGUCCACCAGUAUCAUGCCCGAAACUACCCCAAGCCCGCUAUCGACUGUGCCGUUUAUGCGUGAUCCAGACUUUGUCAGUCGCGACACACUGCUUGAACAGAUUCGCGACAAAUGCUCGGUCGAAGGAUCCAGGAUAGCGCUUGUCGGUCUUGGCGGCGUUGGGAAAUCGCAACUUGCCAUCGAAUAUUCCUAUCAGGUCCGAAGUCUGUCGCGGGCGACAUGGGUGUUCUGGAUCCAUGCGAGUAACGCGGCCCGGUUUGAGCAAAGCUUCCGAGGCAUUGCGGACCAGGUGAAAAUCCCUGGGCGUGAGAAUCCCAAGACCAGCAUCUUCCAGUUAGUUGAGAAUUGGCUCCAGGAUGAACGGCGAGGGAAGUGGCUUGUUAUCGUGGAUAAUGUUGACGAUGAUGGGCUUCUUCAUCGGCUCCCCGCGUCAGGCCAGGAGGGCCAGAGGGACGGUCAGGAUCAUGUCAAUAUUCCGACAAAACCACUGUUCGAAUUCCUCCCGCGAGCUCUACAUGGUUCAGUCAUCGUCACGAGUCGGACGAAAGAAGUUGCGCUGAAAAUCGUCGAACACAAGGACCUCAUUGAGAUCAAACCGAUGGAAGGGUCUGAGGCGCUAGAACUCCUCCAAAAAAAGCUCAAGUCACCAGGUGAUCGUCAAGAGGCCCUUGAAUUGGUGGAAGAGCUCGAGUUUAUGCCACUAGCGAUCGUUCAGGCAGCCGGCUAUAUCAGCCACCGAGCACCACGUUUUUCGGUAUCGCAAUACCUGGAAAGACUUCGGAAUGGCGAUGCGAAGAGGCUUCUUGAAUAUGAGCCAGGCCAUCUGCACCGAGACUGGGAGGCGAAGAACUCCAUUCUAGUUACAUGGCGAAUAUCAUUCAACCAUCUCCGACAAAUCAAACAGUCAGCGGCAGACUUGCUCUCUCUCAUGAGCUUUUUCGACCGGCAGAGAAUUUCAGAAGACCUUUUGCGAGUGCAACACAGAAGAAACCAUUUGAGCUCAGAGGAUACCAAUAUUCCGUCUAGAUUGGACACGGAUCACGACUUCGAGGACGAUAUUGCAACCCUGAGAGCCCAUUCAUUCAUUUCCGUCGGUGAAGACGGCACUGUCUUCACGAUGCAUCGGCUGGUGCAGCUGGCUGCGCGUGCGUGGCUACAGGAUCAAGCACAAAUCGAGAAAUGGAAGGAACAAUUUAUCAGCAUUCUGUGCCACCAGUUUCCGACUGAUCCCUACUCUGAAAAUUCGGAAAGUUGGGAAAAGUGCCGCUGGCUCUUUCCACAUGUUAAAUCGGCGAUGUCCGAGCCGCCAGAGUCACCGGACGUUCAGCACCAAUGGGCAUCGCUCCUGUACAAUGGUGCAGGGUACGCGUGGCGAAGCGGAAAUCUUGCAGACGCGAGGGAAAUGGCAUCGAAGUCACUGGAACAGAACAGGAAACUACUAGGUGAGGAGGAUCUAGCAACCCUUGCCAGCACUGCGAUGCUAGCGAGAGUAUACUAUCUCCAAGGGCAACUAGAAGAGGCCGAGAAGCUCCAAGUGCGAGUGGUAGAGACUCGGAAGAGGCGGUUCAGCGAGGACCAUCCUCAUACGCUGAUGGCUAUGGGAAAUCUGGCAACGACGUAUAUGGAACAGGGUCGGUUGCGGGAGGCUGAGAAGCUCAGGGUGCAGGUGAUGGACAAAAGCAAGACGGUGCUCGGCGAGGACCAUCCUGAUACGUUAACAAGAAUGGGAAACCUUGCUGCGACAUAUAGGAAUCAGGGCCGGGAGAAGGAGGCUGAGAAGCUCGAAGUGCAGGCGAUGGUCAGCCUUGCUUUCACCUGGAAAUCAUCUGGCCGAGACCUUGAGGCUCUCAAUUUAUUGAGAGAAUGUAGCGCUAGGAUGGAAUCGGUCUUGGAGCCUCGUCACCGCUCUGCUGUCUCUAUUUCGGAAACUUUGCUGCAGUGGGAAAUGGAGGGGCUGAAUGCAGAUGCAUAG